AUGAUCCACUGCUCCAAAUGCAAGGAUUGGUUUCACUUCAAAUGUGUGGCUUUGAGCGAAAGAGACGCGGAGGAUGUCCAACUGUUCGUGUGCCCUUCGUGCCACGAAAAGACCGGUGCCCGGACGAUCAGGCAAGCAAAACGCCGCCGUGCGGCAGCCAAGAUGGAGGAAGAGCCGGCGCACGACGAGGGCGUGGAAACAGCCCCCAGCGCAGCCCAUGCCGAGCACGCCCCCGAUGCGUCCGCAAAAGGGCACGAGCCCAACGAGGGCCCACCCCGCGCGACGAGCCCGCGGCGGACGCGCACGGCGAGCGCGAGGUCCGCCGCCGCGAAGCAGGAGUCGCCGGCACCGGCACCCAGCAGCAGCGGCACCGCGACGCAGGGGAAGCGCAAGACGUCGAUGUCGGCGCAGGCGUUGCCUCCGCCCAAACGGCCCCGCUCGGAGUCGGUCGCGGGGGAGGACCCGGCGCGCAAGUACUGCCUCUCGAAGCUGCAGGAGCUCUUCUGCGAGAUCUUCAGCAAGUACCCGUUCUUCGAAGCCGCGCCGGAAGAGGAGGAGGUCCCGAGCUCGCUGCUGCGGCCGCAGAAGACGCGGGAGGAGCUCAGCGAGGAGGAGAAGGCGGCGUUGACGGCAAAGGCGCAGCAGUUCGGCGUGGAGCUCGAGCAGUGCAUGUACGAGCUCUACUCGGAGCCCGACAAGAGCGGGAAGCUGACCGUCGCGGGCAAGUACAAGGAACGCUUCCGGAUGCUCACGUUCAACCUCGGCAAGGCCGACCGCGUCGUGCUCCAUGUGCGGAUCGCGGCUUCGCGACUCACGCCGAAGGUCCUGGCGACGAUGUCCUCGACGGACCUCGCGUCGGAGGAAGAGAAGCAGUCGAUCAAGAAGCUCGAGCAGGAGGCGCUCGCGCACUCGAUCCUCAAGAAGAGCGUCGUCCCCCGCGCCAAGAUCACGCACAAGGGCCUCCAGGACAUCGAGGACGUCACCGGCGCCGGCCGGCGCGAGGUCGAGCGCGAGCGCGAAGACGAGGAGGAGGAGCGCAUCGAGCGCGAGAAGCGCGAGCGGCUCCGGCUGCAGGCCCAGCGCGCCCAGAGCCAGGGCUCCGCCCCGCCCGAGAGCCCCGUCGUGCCCAACACGCCGACGUCGGCCACCGCGCCGGCGGAGUGGGGCGCGCCCCCGCCCGUGCCCGCGCACGCGCACGCGCGGCCGCUGUUCGUGCCGUCCGCGUCCGACUUUGGCGGGGGCCACGGCGCGGGACCCGCCGCCGGCGAGCACGAGCUCAACCUUGCGGACCUGAUCAACAUCGACGAGGACGCGUCGGGCGAGGUGGCGAUGACGCCCGUCUCGGAGGCGCUCCCGACGUCCGUCGCGGAGGACGCACCGCCGCUCGGGUCGCAGGGCGCGCCGGGGUCGUCGCAGGCGCACGCUCCGCUGGAGGCUGGCAAGCCCCUGGGCGUGCGGACCGCGCAGCUGUCGCCGUUCGUGGCCAAGGGCACGCAGCCGGGCUUCGAUCUGAACGCGCUUUGGACCCCGACCGAGGGCGGGGCGAAGGAGCAGCAGGUGAAGGAGGACGAAAGGAUGGAGGUGGACGAGAGGGUGGAGACCGUGCUGGAAGGCGGGGGCGAGGAAGCAGCGGACCAAGACUUUGACAUGUUCCUCGGCAACGAGAAGGAACAGGAACAACCACCGAAGGAGCUGACGCCGGAGGAAAAACGCGUCGCGUUCGAUGCACAAACCGCCGUGUGGGAGGGUGCGAUUUCUAUGCCCUUGGAUUCGGAGAUUCAUCAAGACGCCACCGUCAUAGCCCGUCCAACGGGUGGCCGUAUUCUGUCGGGCGAUUCAUCGCUGUGGUCCAUGCUCUUUCCUGCGAAGGAGUUGAGAAUUGAUGGACGCGUCAUGAUUGAGAGGUCUGCUCAAUAUCUCAAGCAGGUCCGCCUGAACCCGUCGAAGGAGCUCGUCGCGGUCGCUUUCUCGUCCGCUCCUGGAUCAGACCCUGCGGGCUUCUAUGCACUCAGAGAUCAUCUGCUUUCGAAAGGACGGCAUGGCCUUGUCUUCCCUUGGGGACACAACCCAAAGUCGAGCGCACCCGGCCGCGAACUCUAUAUCAUCCCCCUGCUGGCGACAGAACCGAUCCCAGAGUAUAUGGAGCUUCUCGAUCGUCUGCGGCUGCCCGGCGAACGGACUGUAGACUACCUCAUCGGCAUCUGGGUUCUCACCAAGGGCAAACUUGUUGCGCCUCCUCCACAGCCGCAGCCGCAGCCGCAACCUCAACCUUUGCCUUUGCCGGAGCCUCUGCCAGAGGCUCAGCCUUUACACCAGUCUCCGCCUCCUCCUCAGACCCACACACCGCCUGAAACCGCCGUGCCCUCCAUACCCAACAUCGACUUCGCCCGUCUUCAGCAGCUAGGCCUCCUCUCCCUCCCUUCCACGCUCCCCCCGAUCCCUCCCCUCUCCCAGUCCCAGUCGCACUCACACUCCCAGUCUUCCCACUCAUCGCACUCCCACAGUCCCCCGCACCUCGAGCAGCCCCCGGCACCCGGUGUGCACCCUCUCGCUCCGCCUCCCACGGGCGCUAACCUCGCCUCAGAGAUCGCGUCGCUCACCUCCGAGCAGGUCCAGCACAUGCUCGCGUCGCUCGCCAAGGCCGCCCCGUCCGCGCUCCCGCCCUCGAUCGGCGCGCUGCCGGGCAUGCAGCCGCACGCUCCCGAGCUCCCGCACCAGCACCAGCACCAGUAUCCGCAUCAGCAACACCCCGGCCAGUGGGGCCAGCAACACCAGCAGCCCCAGCACCAGUACCCCGCGUACGGGCAGCAGCAGCAGCAGCAGCAGCCGUACGGCCCAGACGGCUACAACGUGCACAACGGCGGGGGCACCGGCCCUCCGCCCGACUACGGCUACGACCGCCCGUACGACGGCGGCUUCCCGCGCGGCCGCGGCCGACGGGGCCGUGGCGGCGAGCGCGGACGCGGGCAGUGGCAGAAGGGGUCGAGGGGGCGGGGUGGCCCGCCGCCCGCGGGCCCGCGGAACCGCAAUCCGAGCGGGAACGGCGGCGGCUGGGGCGGGGACCCUCAGCAGCGGCCGUGGAACUGA